GAUGCUGAUUUGAGGCAGAAUGACAAGACAUUAGCGGGAUGGGACUGAGAUCGACGGACUGGAUUGACUGAUGCCUUUUAAUGGCUGUGACCAUGUUGAUAAGACAGACGAUGGUAAUCAGCAAAAACAGCCAAAAUGAAUGGAGAAGUUCCGACUGGAUUCAGUCCUGCAUCUGCUGUGCUUGGCCUUUCUGUCGCUUUGUGUCUGACUGACUAACGCUCCACUGGAUAAAGACUUAAUUGACUCUGAACAGACAACCAGAACAAUAAACAACAGGAAUAAAGACAAAUGCGGACAUGUUGGGAAGAGAAGAGGAGAAAAGAUGAGCUAAGAUCAGUGCCCCUGUGGACAAAAAAACUGGACAUAUUUUGUCUUGUAUUCUAAUAUUUUUCUUCAAAAUCUUGUUGGAAUAUUUCACAAAGUAGGAUUCUAUCAGCAAUUUCAUUUGGAUGUUAUCUUGUUCACAUUGUUUUCAUAUCAUGGAGCUUUUGACAAGCUGAUUUUUUUUUGCAGCAAUGCCGUACUUUGAUGACAAGAUUGCUCUGACCUGUCAUUGAAACGGAGGGAAUAUGCUUCAGUAUUUUAUCAUAAAAGAAGAAGCAAAAAUGUUGAAUUUGCCAUUUUUUUGUUUCUUUUAUUUCACCAUGGCCUUCUCAAAGCCAGCUGCCAUGCAUUUUGCACAUUCUGAAAUUGAUUUUGCAAGCAAAAUUUUUCAGAGUUAGUUUAAUAAACAAAUUCACAAUUCACCCUUCAAGCUUCAAACGUGCCUCCUCCCAACCCCUCCCACCGUCAGCCAUCCGACCAAUCAUGGGCAAGCCUCUUAGCCGUCCCGGGUGUUUCAGGAAGAGCUCCUGCUGCCUGGAGAAGCAUGGAGCUGGGGAUGGGGGAAUGGGAGGACGAGGUGGGGGAGUGGAUGGGGGAUACGGAGACGGCUACGUACCCCAGCGAUCCAUCUACGAUACAAUGUGCAUCAAUCAACAGAUUGACAGUCAUCACCAUCACUCUGGAGGGUCCAUAAGGCGAGACGGUGGAGGUGAGGGGAGUUUUAGCUACUCUGCAAGAGGCUCCCUGAGGGUUAGCAGGUCUCCAGCUGACAUGUUUGAUUCGCAGCCCCGCUCUCUAACUCCGAACCCCUCGUUUGUUCGGCGACUGGAUGAAAGAGCCAUCUAUGAUUCAUUGAAGCUUGGGGGGCAGGAUGGUGAUGGUAGCGGCUGCCAUUCCCCAGGAUGUUUUAAUCGAUCAGUUUCUCCCUCUGUGUCAUCAUUCUCAGCACCAGGAGUGUCCUCCUCCUCAUCCAAGAAACAUCACCAUCACCCACACCAUCACCAUGGAGACAGUACAAAGAGCAGAGAUGGCCGACAUUCCUGGAAAGUCUUGACACCUCCAAAACACCUGGAGUGUUUGGAGCUUACUACAACCGAAAUGAUGGAGAGAGGAGGGGGGUAUCUUAACCCUGGGCACUACCCUCCCCAGGGGGGCCAGUCCUCCUCCCUUACCUCUCCUCUCAUUUCCCCCUUCUCUGGCUCACCUCUCUCCUCAGGCUACCAUACUCCGGUCUUUUUCUCCCCUGCCAAACCUCGCCCCAGUCAGUCUCAGAGUCUGCGUUGUUCCCCUCCCCACGUCAUCCAGCCGAGGCAUUACUCCCAAACCCAGAGCCUCAGGAUGUCACCACCUCAUGAGCUUAGACGAUCCCCCUACCGUGCCCCACUGGUCCAACUGUCCGCUCAUGACCUCGAGCAGGACAUGAGGGAUCGAGGAGGAGGAUGGGGCCGGAGUGAGCGAGAAAGGGAGUGGGAGAGGGAGAGAGAAAGGGAGAUGGAGCGAGGGUGGGCCCAGCGAGAAUGGGAAAGAGAGAGGGAGAGAGGGAGGUUGGAGAGGGAGAGGGCGAGAGAGAGGGAGAGGAGGGAGACAUCAACUUUUGGAACCUUUGGGUAUGGUAGACCAGUUCCUCUGCGUUCAGACCGAGACUCAGUGUUUUUAGAAUCCGACCAUGUUCUAGACACCACGCCCCUGUUGCUCCCUCAGCCCUCACCUUCACCCUCCCCCAGUGCUGCCCCCAGGAUGGGCACAGGUGCUGUGGGUAGGAAUAGAGCUGGGUCAAAGGUUGGCCCCGAAGGUGUAGGUGGGGGUAUGGUUUCAAAGUUUGACAAUGGAGGUGUGGGACUGGUGUUAGUUGACAGCAAAACUGGGUGUGGGCCAACUUUUGUAGGUGAAGGCUAG